GUGUCAGCUUCCAUAUAGAGAAGCCAAUGCUGCAACUCUCCGGCUCUACAAAAGCUCUGAACAACCCAAAAAUGGCAGAAACUUCAUGCCCCCGACCCCCACCAACCCACCCCACCCCAUGCCCUAGUCCUCUGGCCACGUGACCCAUCCCCCGCCCCCAACCCCUUUCUCACACACACUUUUUAGCAGGCAAAAAAGAAAGAAUUCGUAACGUCAAUUUGAAAAACUUCUCUCUCUUCCCAACUCUCCCUCUAAAGGUUUAUAAUGUGAGUUUCUGGUUUUGUAUUCUUGGUGGGUUUUGAGAGAAAAUGGAGAAUUCUUGUUCAGAAAAUCUGGAUGAUGGAGAGUUAUGGCUACCUUCUGAUAUUUUUCCUGUAGAAGAACCUGUUUCUUCUACUAAUAAACUCAAUAACAACAACCCCAUCACUUCUUCUCUCUGCUGUUGUUACUCUUGUCUUCUUUUUCUUCGUAAUCACAAUGAUCAUAGCUCCUUUUUCAUAGCUGAACAAGAAGAAGCUGCUGCUAUUUCACUUCUUCAACACCAUUCUCAUAAUACCCACAGUGUUCCGAAGCCAUUUCCCAUUACUGAGCGGCGGUUCAGACCGGCUGAGAGGUGCUGCAGCUGUACGGAUUUUUCAGUUUCAGAGUAUUUUGAACUGAAUAGAGGAGGAAGAGAGGUGGUUCAAACCGGUCCACCACCGGUUUAUCCCUACCAGCUUUAUCCACCGGUUCAACUUCAGCACCAGGUUGAGAGCUUGAUGGAAGCAAGAGCUUGGAUUUUACAGAAGGAAGAGCAGAACCGGUUCAUCAGAAUGCAGAGAAGAAAUCUUGGCUUAGACCGGUUUGCCGGGAGCCGGUUUUUGCCAUUUGUGGGAGGCGGUGGCGGUAUUAAUGGUGAAACUAGUUCUGUGAGAGAUUAUGGUGGAACUGGUGUCUUCCUCCCUAGAAUACCCACCAACGUUGACAACAAUGGUAGAAAGAGACAAGGUGGUAGAAAUAGGCAAGAUGUUCAACAAACUGGUCAGAGAUAUCCAUGCAUAUGACAAAAAAAGAAAAGAAAAGAGGAAUGGCAAAAGCUUAAAGAAUUGGACCUAGUGAUAUAUAGUAAUUUGGUCAUUAGAUAUAGUAAUUUAGUAGAUCUAAAUAAUUGAACUUUAACAUAUGGUUGUGUGUGUAAUUUUUAUCUAAUUUCCAAUUGCCUUGUUGAGGGAAAAUGGUGUGGUCUUUUGGUAAAGGGGCCUGUUUUUAAAUCUUUCCCUUUUUUUGGUGUCUACAACUGACAAUUGUAAUGUGAUUAUCUUUUUAAAUAUGUGUAUUAUAAUAAAUGCUCCUAGUUAUGGCCACA